AUGGUUUUGGCCCACUUCCUAGGAGGGACGGUGUGCUUUGGCAGGAAGAUGCAGGCUGGGUUUCACAACUGCUCACCUGCGCCGUCAACCCUCUCGCCGGCCGGAGGUUACCGAGCGGCGACAGCCAGGCAGCGGCCGGGAUCCUCGCGGGAGUCAAUGGGAACGGCGCGGACCGCCGGCUCCAGCCGGGCCCCGCCCCAGGGAGCCCCGGAGGACGGGGGCGGCGGGGACAGCCCGCCCUGGGCCGGGGCCCGGAGGCCGAGGAGCGCUGGCAGCCCCGGCAGGGCGCUCUCGGAUCCGCCGAACCUCAGCAACCUGGAGGAGUUCCCUCCCGUAGGCUCGGUGCCCCCCGGGCCCGCAGGGACGAAGCCUUCACGAAGGAUCAACCCAACUCCGGUGAGCGAAGAACGGUCACUGUCCAAGCCCAAGACCUGCUUCACCUCACCCCCAAUCAGCUGUGUCCCCAGUUCCCAACCCUCAGCCCUGGACACUAGCCCUUGGGGCCUUGGCCUUCCCCCAGGGUGCAGAAGUCUGCAGGAGGAGCGGGCGAUGCUCAGGAAGGAGCGCUCUAAGCAGCUGCAGCAGUCACCAACCCCCACCUGUCCCACCCCAGAAUCGGGACUGCUCCUCCCCAGCCGGACAGGAAGCCUCACAGUGGAGCCCGCUGACCCUGCUCGAGUGUCCUCCCGCCAGCGCCUAGAGGUGGUAGCCCUAGUCUACUCCUCCUGCAUUGCUGAAAAUCUGGUACCAAACCUCUUCUUGGAGCUUUUCUUCGUCCUUCAGCUCCUUACUGCCCGGAGGAUGGUGGCUGCUAAGGAUAAUGACCUUGAACCAAGUCAAGGUACCCUGGAUUCCCUGGAAAGCCCACUGUUCCAGAGCAUCCACGACUGUGUCUUUUUUGCUGUCCAGGUUUUGGAGCAUCAGUUUCAGAUUCUGUCCUAUCUGGACAAAGGGACCUUAAAGCUGCUGGCUGAGAAUGAACGGCUGCUGUGCUUCUCCCCAGCUCUGCAAGGCCGCCUUCGAGCUGCCUAUGAGGGCAGCAUUGCCAAGGUCUCUCUGACGAUGCCACCCUCUGCUCAAGCUGUUUCCUUUCAGCCGGAGACUGACAAUCGUGCCAAUUUCUCCAGUGACCGCGCCUUUCAUACUUUUAAGAAACAGAGGGAUGUGUUCUAUGAAGUGCUGCGAGAGUGGGAAGAUCACCAUGAGGAGCCUGGCUGGGACUUUGAGAAGGGAUUGGGCAGCAGGAUCAGAGCCAUGAUGAGUCAGCUGUCUGCAGCCUGCAGCCACAGCCACUUUGUUCGGCUUUUCCAAAAACAACUUCUUCAGAUGUACCAGAGCCCUGGUGGUGCUGGGGGCCCUGUCUUGGGUGAGGCCUCAGAUGUGCUGAAUAUGCUGGGAGCUGACAAGCUGGGGCGUCUACGGCGGCUCCAGGAACGGCUUGCAGCCCCUCCAAGCAGUGGGGGACCCUGCCCACCCCCCACCUUCCCAGGUUAUCAAGGUUUCUUCAAGGACUUCAUCCUGAGUGCCAGCAGCUUCCAGUUUAAUCAGCAUCUCAUGGAUAGUCUAAGCCUGAAAAUCCAGGAGCUCAAUGGCCUCCCACUGCCUCAGCACGAACCUGCAGAUGAAGAUGGAGAGUCAGAUGUGGACUGGCAGGGUGAACGGAGGCAGUUUGCCAUGGUGCUUCUUAGUCUGAGGCUUCUGGCUAAGUUUCUGGGCUUUGUGGCUUUCUUGCCAUACCGGGGGCCUGAACCACCCCAGAGCCGGGAGCUUCAGGACUCCAUUGUGGCCCUCAGAAGCCAGGUUCCUCCUGUCCUGGAUGUGCGUACACUGCUGCAGCGUGGGCUGCAGGCCCAGCGGGCAGUGCUCACAGUACCCUGGCUGGUGGAGUUCCUGUCCUUUGCUGACUACAUCGUCCCCUUGCUUGACUACUACCGGAGCAUCUUCACACUUUUGCUACACCUAUACCGGAGCUUGGUCUUAUCACGGGAGGGUGAAGGAGAGAUGUGUUUCCUCAACAAGCUGCUGCUGCUAGCUGUCCUGGGCUGGCUUUUUCAGAUUCCCACAGUCCCUGAGGAUUUCUUCUUUUUGGAAGAGUGUCAGGUGGAUGCCUUGGAAGUGGACACAGCCACUUCAGAGCGUGGCUUGGACAGUGUGCCUGUGGUGGACCAGCAGCUGCUCUACACCUGCUGCCCCUACAUCGGAGAGCUCCGGAAACUGCUCGCUUCAUGGGUUUCAGGCAGCAGUGGACGGAGUGGGGGUUUUGUGAGGAAAAUCACCCCCACCACCACCACCAGCCUAGGGGCCCAGCUUCCCCCAAGUGGCCAUGGACUCCAGGCACAGCUUGCUCAGGCCUUUUUCCACAACCAGCCUCCCUCACUGCGCAGGACUGUGGAGUUUGUGGCAGAGAGAAUUGGGUCAAACUGUGUCAAACAUAUCAAGGCAACACUGGUGGCAGAUCUGGUACACCAAGCGGAGUCACUUAUCCAAGAGCAGCGAAUGACACAAAGCCAGGAAGUGGGAGAUCCAGCCCAGCUCUUGGAGAUUCUGUGUUCCCAGCUGUGUCCCCAUGGGGCCCAAGCAUUGACCCAGGGGCGGGAGUUCUGCCAAAGGAAGAGCCCUGGGGCUGUGCGGGCACUGCUUCCGGAGGAGACCCCAGCAGCUGUUCUCAGCAGUGCAGAGAACAUUGCUGUGGGGCUGGCCACGGAGAAGGCAUGUGCGUGGUUGUCAGCCAACAUCACAGCACUGAUCAGGAGGGAGGUGAAAGCGGCUGUGAGUCGCAUUCUUCGAGGCCAGGGUCCUGAACCAGCUGCCCGGGGGGAGCGGAGGGGCUGCUCCCGCGCCUGUGAGCACCAUGCUCCCCUCCCCUCCCACCUCAUCUCCGAGAUAAAAGAUGUGCUGUCCCUUGCUGUGGGACCCCGAGACCCUGAUGAAGGAGUGUCCCCAGAACACCUGGAACAGCUCCUAGGCCAGCUUCACCAGAUGUUGCAGUGCCGCCAGUUCCUGUGCCCGCCUGCUGAGCAGUAUCUGGCCAAGUGCUCUGUGGAGUUAGCGUCCCUCCUGGUUGCAGACCAGAUCCCCAUUCUAGGGCCCUGUGCAUCACACAGGCUGGAGCGGGGAGAGGCACGGAGGCUUCUGCUCAUGCUGCUUUCCCUAUGGAAAGAUGACUUCCAGGGGCCAGUCCCACUGCAGCUACUGCUGAGCCCGAGAAACGUGGGGCUUCUGGCAGACACUCGGCCACGGGAGUGGGACUUGCUGCUGUUCUUGCUACGGGAGCUGGUAGAAAAGGGUUUGAUGGACCGAAUGGAGAUUGAGACCUGCCUGGGCAGCCUCCAUGAGGCCCUGUGGCCAGAGGACUUCUCUGAAGAAUUAGAAACACUGACUCGCCUAUUUCUAGCUGAGCUCCAUCUGCCAGAACCUCAGCAAAGAGCUUGUGAGUUAGUACAGCCGAGCCGGGGAACAGUGCUGGCCCAGAGCUAGGAUCACACCUUACCUCAAGAAGAGACCUGGAACCCACUGUGGCUAAGGAGUGGGAUCUGCAACCAGACUUCAUGCCCAGGAGGGAAGGAAGUGUGUGGCACUGGAGUUGCCCACAGACUAGGCUUGCUGCCAGAUCCUAGAAGAGAAGCCUAGAGGCUCCAGUCCUGAGUGGAAAAGCUGGUAUUUCUCAGAUGCUGAACAAAAGGAGUGUAGCCUGAUCAACAUGGUACACAGGCUUUGCUUGCUGCUAUCUCAGCAUCUCUGAAACAUGUGGUCCCAGGUAGUCAUGUUAGAGGCAAAUGACUUGUGUUUAACUUGUGAAGAAAGUUAAAACAUGGGUCAUGGGAGGUUACAUUUUACCACCAGGAAUUGGACUGCCAUAUACACCACAGAGAUGGUGGUAGGACCCACUGGCUGAAAUCUGCCAUGAUCUGGACCUAUACAGGACCCUGUCUCCACCCAGGGACGAAGGACAGGGCAGAACAUUGAGUUUUUUAAAAAAUAAACUUUUAACAAGGGCUUGACAGCUGUUUUCCCUAGUGUCUUCCUUGAUGAGGUAGAUUUUGAGCUGGGAGCUGGAAUCACAGCCUGGGGCCAGGGAGAUGGCUCAGUAGAAUAAGCGCUUCCCUGGAAUCACAGCCUGACCAGCCAGCCAGCCACCUACCUAAGCCGUCCAUGCAAAGCCCAUCUCCCACCUUGAGGCACUGUCUGCUGCUAACUUCCUGCUGCUGUAGUGCAUAAUUCUCCAGUGUGCAGCUCCCCUAUGCUCAGGGACAGGCUUAGGAUACAGUGCAAUUUCCACUCACAGGAGCCUCCCUGCUGAGCCAUAUGGUGGGGCAGCUUCUGGAGUGUUCGAUUCAGCUCAAAAUGUACUGUGGAGCAAAGCAUUCUAUUUUUAGAGUA